UUGCUGCUCUGCUUUAUGAGCAUGCUUUGUGUUUUUGUUGCUCCUCCUUCAAAAUAGGUUCCUGUUCCUUUAAGGGAUCUCUCCAGUGACCUUGCAUUUAUUCCAUAUUCAGAUAAAGUCUGGUGGCGGAGAUUGGAAUCUCCUACUGUGAGAGCGGUUCUCCUCCAGGUGCUGAGCAAAAAGUGGAUCUUUCUUCAUGAUGAACACAGACAAACAUCCUGAAUUUGCCUCCCAUGAGGGAGACAGGAUGGACUUUUGUAGUGACGCUACAGAUAUGAGGUCACAGGAAGAGGAAGAAGAGAAGGAGGACAGCUUUUACGGUGAAAAUGGGAUACAGUGCGUGGAAGAUGGGAUAGAUCUGUGUGCGAUAAAAACUGAGGCAGAGGAAAUGGAAGAUAACGAGCAGUAUCUCAAGGCUGAAAAAGAAAGACAGAUUGUACCAAAAGAGGAAGCAGAGGGGGCCAGUGAGGACGGCAUGGAGGAAGGACUUGAUGAGGAAAGGACAGAGGACGACAAUGAUGAGGAGAGGGAGGGGGACGGGGAUGAAGAGGGUGAUGCCCUGAAUGAGCCGCAGGACCUGUCGCUGGUGGACUACUCACGUUACGACAGCACGGCCCUGCAAGACGCCCACGCAGCAGAAGAGUCUGCAGAGGGGCCCCGCAUUCAGGCACCAGGCAAGCUCAACUGUGACAUCUGUGGCCUGUCCUGCGUCAGCAUCAACGUACUGCUGGUGCACAAACGCAGCCACACGGGUGAGAGACCAUUCCACUGCACCCAGUGCGGGGCCUCCUUUACCCAGAAGGGAAACCUGCUUCGCCACAUCAAACUGCACUCCGGGGAGAAGCCUUUCAAAUGCCCCAUGUGCAGCUACGCCUGCCGUCGACGCGACGCUCUGAGCGGGCACCUGCGCACCCAUUCUGUGGAAAAGCCCUUUAAGUGCAACCACUGCAGUCGCAGCUACAAGCAGCGCAGCUCUCUUGAAGAACACAGAGAAAGGUGCCAUGUGUACAUUCAGAGCAAAGGCCCCGCUGAGAGAGAGGACAGCCACACAUCCAGGAAUCAGAUGGGCACUGAGCGUGCUCUGCUGCUCGACAGGCUCGCCAGCAACGUAGCCAAACGAAAGAGUUCGAUGCCACAGAAGUUCACCGGCGACAAUGGUGUCUGCCUGGACCUGAGCUUUAACAGGGAGCUGGUCCACCAAACUGAUGUCAAGGACCCUCCGGGAGGAUCUCCGGGGCCCGACGGCCAACAUCAGCAACAACCAAUCCUCACAGGCCCAGACGGCGACGCGGCUCCCUCCCACAGGCCCUACCCCAUCCCAUUAGGUCGCAAUGACAUCAACCAUCUGGGCCUCACCAACGGCCACAAGAUGGGCAUGUCCCUCCUGGGCCUCCAUCACAACGCCCAGCAACCCCUUUGCAUGGACUCAUUCCACAAUGACAGCUCCCAAAUGACCCAGCCCGUCAUGUACAGCCUAGGACACCUGCUGGGGGGGCUGAACCGCCAGAACGGCGUCCCUCACCCACAUGCCCAGUCCAUCCCCUUGUCACCACUGGAGGCCUUGCGAGCGGCCCGGGCUGAGGGGGAGGCAGGAACGGGGGCAGCUUACCCCUGCAGCCACUGCAGGGUGAUUUUCCUGGACUAUGUCAUGUUCACCAUCCACAUGGGAUGCCACGGCUUCCGCGACCCGCUUGAGUGCAAUGUGUGUGGCCACCGCAGCCAGGACCGUUACGAGUUCUCUUCACACAUAGCCCGUGGCGAGCACCGCUUAGAAUUGAAGUAACUUUUAUUCAUACUGAUGUUCAUGCUUGCACAGGCACACACAUGCACACAAGCUUAGACACCGAUUUACUUGUAGCUGGUUGUUUUAAAUAUAAAAAAAGCAUGAAGUAGCAACUGUCUUUAAUGUGUGUGUGUGUGUCAGUGUGUGUCACUGUGUGUCAGUGUGUGUCAGUGUGUGUGUGUGUGUGUUAGAGGGAGAUCUUAGGAGAAACGUUAUGGGAGUAUGAUUGGUUUCAAAGUGAUCUUAGUCACACUGACACCAUAAAAAUGACCUGUAAAAUGUUUAUGCAGGAGUUAUUCUACCUCCCUUUCAUACAUAUUCUCUUCCCUACGGACGCCUCUGUUUAUAUAACAUACAUAUAACAAUACGUCACAUUCAUCUAAAUGUUCAACAAAGUAGCACAGAUGAAUGCAUUUCUUGUGUAUCUGCUGUUGGUUUUCCUGUUAUCUCUUUAAAGACGUACAAAUAAAAGAGAGCCUCUUUUGCUCGUUGUCACACGCAGA